AUGGUAUCAUGGGCAAGGUCAUUUACUGAAGUUUCAAGAAGUGGAUCAGAUAAUCAAGAAACCCGAUCCAUUGAGGUAUUUCCACAAGUACAGGAUGUUAAGUUUCAGGACAUCAGCUAUGGUGCUGAUCUCAUCGAUCUAACAGCUCCAUUUCAUGAUGCAAUGUCGCUUGUCCCUCAUAUCCUCACUAGACCAGAAAACUAUGCGAUAUGGUGUAGAUCCAUGAGGAUCGCAUUGCUUGGGAAGAAUAAAGAUAUGGGAAAUGGACUUCCAUAUGCACAGACUGCAUUCCAUAUUUGGACAGAUCUAAAAGAAAGAUUUCACAAAGUCACCGGUUCAAGAAUCUUUGUAGUAUAUCGUGAGAUUAAUUCCCUAGUUCAAGUUUCUUUGACUGUUUCAAGCUAUUAUACGAACUUGAAAGAAUUAUGGGAGGAGCAAUCAGUAUUAGUUGCCAUCCUGACAUGCAAAUGUGAAGUUUCAAAGGUGUAUGUUGACUUAAUCCAGCAACAAUGUCUUCUCCAAUUCCUUAUGGGGCUUAGUGAAUCAUAUGGACAGGGAAGAAGUCAAAUUCUCUUAAUGUCUCCUCUCCCUUUUGUGAAUCAGGCAUACAAUAUGAUCAUGAAAGAUGAGAUGUAG